ACCAGCCUCGGUAAAUUACAUAGCUCUCUUGGACCUCGGCGGCCGAAGGAGCGAAAGGGGUCUACGCGUUCCGAAAUGGCUUCAGUUUCUGGUGACCUAAUUUGGGAGAUUGUGAAGAAAAACAAUUCAUUUUUGGUGAAGCAGUUUGGUAACAGCACUGCCAAGGUUCAGUUCAGCAAGGAGAAGAACAAUCUGUACAAUGUCCACUCCUUCAAGCACUCUGGAUUGGCAAACAAGAAGACCGUUAGCAUCCAACCAGCAGGUGAGGGCCUUUCGGUUGUCCUGGCGACAACCAAGACAAGGAAGCAGAGGAAGCCUGCUAGUGUUUACCACAAGUCGGUAAUGAAGAAGGAAUUCCCGAAGAUGGCGAAGGCAGUUGUUAACCAGGUGACCGAUAACUACUAUAGGCCAGAUCUGACUAAGGCAGCCCUUGCAAGGCUCAGCGUUGUUCACAGGAGUCUGAAGGUUGCCAAGUCUGGAGCAAAGAAGAGGAGCAGACAAGCUGUUAGGAAUUGAGAUGGAAGUUUAAUGAUGAGGGGAUACCCUGGAGACCCCUUUUUUGGUAGCUUGAAGACAUCGGUUUGUUUUGUUGUCGAGAUAGUUUAUCUCAGUUUUAUCAUUCUGGUUUAUAUUCUUAUUGAGAAUCCACUAUAUUUUGGAAUUUGAAUGAUGGUUUUUUUUAUUAUUCUGUACUAAGUGUUUAGGAAAUCAUAUACUGUUUCUGGAUGUUUUUAUGAAUUAAAUAUUUGGCAUUUUACUAUA